ACUUGUUUUUCCACAUCAUCAUUUAAAACAACUUCACUUAACAACACCAUCCAUGGCUGACAUAGAAGCAUACUACUUUCCUUUCCUUUUUAUAUGCCUCAUACCAUCAUCCACCAUCUUGGUCUGGGCGUUUUUGAAAUCUGCUCAACGAUCUAAAUCUCAUAUUCCACCUACCCCGUUUGCCCUUCCGAUCAUUGGACACCUUCACCUUCUAUCUCCGAUCCCACAUCAAGCUUUUUCCAAGCUUUCAUCUCGAUAUGGCCCCAUAUUUCGUCUCUUUCUGGGCUCUGAGCCUUGUAUUGUUGUUUGUUCACCGGAAAUGGCAAAAGAAUUCCUUAAAACACAUGAACAUGUGUAUGUAGAUAGACCCCUUAGCUCAGCCGAAGAUAUCAUUAGUUAUGGAAACAAAGGCAUGUCGUUUGCUCCUUACGGACCGUACUGGAAGUUCAUGAAAAAGAUAGUUAUGUCAAAACUUCUAAAUGGAAAAACACUAGACAUGCUUAGUUCAGUUAGACACCAAGAAAUAAAUGGUUUUAUAAAUUCAAUAGCAAAAAACGCCAAAGUUGGAGAGGCUGUGAAUCUUGGUAAGGAACUGAUGAAGUUGAAUAACAAUGUGAUUUCAAGAAUGAUGAUGGGUGAAAAAUGUAUAGAGGACAAGGAGGAGAAUAUGAUUAAGUUGGUUCAUGAUCUUGCUGUGACGGUAGGUAACUUUAACAUUUCGGAUUACAUAUGGUUGUUUAAGAGUCUAGACAUGCAGGGAAUAAGAAAGAAGGCGAAGAAUUUUCGUGCAAGAUAUGAUGUAAUGAUAGAGAGGAUCAUAAAAGAGCAUGAAGAGGCAAGAAAACACAAGGAGAUCACUGCAGAAUCUAGGGACUUGCUUCACAUUUUACUCGAUAUACAACAUGAUGAGACCAUGGAGAUUGAGUUGAGCAGAGAAAACAUCAAAGCCUUCAUCCUGGACAACUUUAAUGCCGCAACAGACACUUCAGCGGCUGCCGUAGAAUGGGGUUUAUCAGAAUUAAUCAAUCAGCCAAAUAUCAUGAAAAAGGUACAAGAAGAAAUCAAUCAAGUCGUUGGUGGAAAUAAACUUUUGCAAGAAUCAGACAUACCAAACCUUCCUUACCUCCAAGCAAUUGUGAAGGAAACAUUACGCCUCCAUCCAGCUGUCCCGUUGAUUCCAAGACAAUCAACAGAAGAUUGCAUGGUGGCGGGUUACCAUAUUCCAGCAAAAACUCCUAUUUUUAUCAAUGCGUGGGCCCUUGGUAGAGACCCAAACCAUUGGGAAAACCCACAUGAGUUCCGGCCCGAAAGAUUCCAGGAGAAAGGAAACGAGUUAGAUGUGAGAGGGCAACACUUUCACAUAUUACCAUUUGGUAGUGGGAAAAGGAUGUGUCCCGGGGUAUCACUAGCACAGUUCAUGGUACACACAACCCUUGGUGCAAUGAUUCAAUGCUUUGAAUGGAACGCUGGGAAAGAUGGAAAGCUACCAAGUGUUGAUAUGGAAGAGGGAUCUGGGCUCACGAUUGCUAAAGCAAACCGGUUGAUAUGUGUCCCGGUUGCUCGUCUUGAUCCUAUCCCAUUUCCAAUGUAACAUGUGGUGCAUGUAUUGUUAUAUCCCUACUUUCUAUCCAGUGAGUCUCAUGUUAACAAGUUAUCAUGUAAAAUAAGCAGAAAUAUAUCCAUUUCAUUAGGUGCCCCUGUGGUUGUUGAUA